CUUGGUCUGCAUGCGCAUAGAUACUGUUGGUACCAUGUUAAAAGAAGAGCUAUUUUUAUCAAGCUGUAGGUUACUGGCACUAGAAUUGUUUUGUUACGUUCUGAUCCGUAUCGACCUUCCACACUCACUUGAAUUCUUUCAUUACAGCAAUUCGUAACGGACCAACUCCUUCUUUCUAAUUUCCCUCGUUUUCGAUCUACUAGAAGUAGUUGUUGAUUCUAGCUUCUAAGAGUACUAAAAAGUACUUCAACUAAUCGUUUGAUGGUUGGUUUUACGAGCGGAAUUUCCCGAUAAUGUGGAGUACCACAACAGAUCCGACAAAGGAAAGACUGGCGAUCAAAACAGUGGUGGGUCCAAUUUGAAGACCGGGGGAGUCAUCGGUGUAGAAUUGAAGAAUGUUGUUACCGCCCCCAGCAGGUCGGCCUCCGCCACCGCCUCCGGCUCGUGCUGCUGCGCGUCUUUGGGUUGCCUGUUGUGUAGGUUACGAUGGGGCGAGAUAGGGUGUGACGAAAAAGAUAACGUGUGAGAAAUUUUAUUGUCAAAAAGGAGACUGCCGUCAAUAGCUGUUGUGUAGUACAGCAGUGGCAUCGAUUCAUAAGCACGUGAUGGGAGAAAGCUUUGCGAAGCGCCAUAUCACUUGAUCCGUGAAAAAUCGUCGAUACUGGUAAACGAAGAUAAUGGACUGUGGCUCGCAGAGAAUCUUCGAUAACACAGUUGUGUGCGGAGAAAGUGGGAGGUGAUCAGGCGCUACAGACCGAUUUGGAAACGGACUGUUCUAUGGCAUUUCACUCGUUGAACUCAUAAGCUUUGUUUCAGUAGAACCAAUGGUAUCUUUGAUUCAGUGAGUUUGCUGUUAUCUUUGUCUGUUCAAAGACAUGGUGGUUAAGUCAGAUGAAUGGAUUUUUAACCUGUACGUCGGUAAUUGCGAGAACCAUUAAGCCUAUUCGAUGGAAGGAUUUUGGUACUGUCGUUAUCGAACUUAUCCCUGACCUAAACGAAGCGCGGCAGGCAUUGCAAAUCCGGAUCCAACUGUAUGCCAAGAAAGUUCCAACGAUGUGGUCCAGGUUUCCUCUCUCGUCGCUCCCACCCCACUUCCUUAAAUCGAAGCCACUAUCCAGCAAGCUACGUAUGAAUGUCCCUCCCACGUUUUUUCCCGACAAAAAGUCUGCGUGCAUUGUUUUCUCGAAACCCGAAAUGAGCGUCUCAACCGAUUUCGCUCCCGAUUUAUCCUCUUCUUUUUCAUUCAUCUAUGCAAAUGCUUGCUUCUGCAAACUCCUGCUCUUACCAUUUUUGUAAUAUAUUAUGUUAUAUAUUUGACUUAGUAGUGCCAACAAUGUGUUGUAAAAGGCUACCUUUGCUGCGUUUGAAUACGUAGUAGGAAAUGACUGCGCUCAUAUUGUUGCCCCUAACGGUAGGGCAGGAAAGGAACACAACCGAUAUUGGAUGCCACUGCACGGUAGGAAGUACGGUACCACUACAAGUACGUACAAGUACUCAUACUUGUACUCGUAACUGAGAAUGGCAAGAGGGAACUCUGGCUUCUCCCCCCACGCACAAAACUGAAACAAAAUUAAAAACAAGAAAACACGAAAUGUCGUCGUUGUCUGUCCUUUGUCGAAAUGGCAGCCACCGCACACUUUUUUCGUGCGGUUCGAAAGCAUUCGUAUGUCCGUACGUCAUCCGUGUCUAUGGCGGAAGCAUGCUUCCAUAUCGACUCGUUCGACUACGAGUACAAGUACUUUGACAGAAUUGCGGAUCUUUUUUUAAAAAAUAAAACCAGAUGAGUAAUUCCAUUAAAUCUACCGGUAGAUGCGACAGAUCUCUUCAUGUGCUAGUUUAGACCGCUUAUUUAGAACCAUCACCAGAAACAUCGAGUGCAUCGACCAUGGAUGAUAAUCCAAAGGCAACCGCAAUGCCAACGGCGACAACUGCGACGGCACACUCGAAAAGCAAGGACCUACCGCGAAGAAAAAAACUCCCGAGGCAGAAGCAACCAUCCUACUGGAUGCUCGCCGGCAUUCUCCAGUCGCUUACUUGGUUGUUUGUCAUUCCUUUCGUGUGCCGCAGGUAUAUCUGGGACCAAUUAUUUGGCGUCCUGAUCGAAGCGUAUCCAAGCCACGGAUUCAAUCUUUCGCAACUUUUGAUGACAGUCUCUCUCCCCCCACUCGUUUUGGUCUGCUACACGUUGCCAAUGGCCACAAUCUAUGCUGGUCAGUAUCCUUUCUUUGAAAAAUACAAGAUCCAUCAAUCCAACAUGUACCAUGAUUACUGGCCCUGGUUCCACGCCGACCCCAAUAUCCGUAAAGAGUUCUGGAAGCUAUCGCAACGGUCCGUUAGACUCUGCAUUUUCAACAUGGCUGUGAUCGUGCCUCUUCUGACGGUUUUAAAAUUAUGGUUCAUUGAUCCAUAUGUGUUAGAUGCCUUCUACUCUGAGCGCCAGAAGCUCUACCAUAAUCAUAUGUUUAGCACCAGCGACGAGCACUGGCCGUCGAAUAGCGAAAAUCUACGGGGCAUACUUGCCCUGACGCUGAUCCACGAAUUUGGUUUCUACGCUACCCACAGACUAAUGCACGCCAUCCCGUUUCUGCACAGGUACCACAAAGUCCACCAUGAAUACAAGACCAACACGGUGCUUGCGGCUCAGCAUAAUCACCCCGUGGACUACGUACUUUCAAUUGCAGGACCAGCCCUGCUGUCCUUAACACUAGUGCCUGCUUCGCACUCGGUGACCCAGUUCCAGUGGAUACUGUGGGCGCUGUGCGCCAAUAUGGACGAUCACUUGGGGUAUGCAUUUCCGUGGUCGCCAGUCCGGUGGUUUCCUUUCGCUUCUGCCACAGAGGAACACGAGUUUCAUCACUCUCAUAACAAGGGAUGCUACUCCUCGAAGCUGUCCGUGUAUGGUUCAUUGCUGGGGGACUAUGGGGCUUACCAUAGGUUCUACUAUAGCUACGAUAAUAAGCCCAGCCGUGCGAGCAACACUAUCAACAAGAACCAAUAGAUCUCGUGAGUUGGAUAUGGGGAUCCCGGGUUGGGGUAGUAGGGGGAAUUAGUAUGAUUGAGAUAGUUUAUCAAAAUUUAUUUAAUGGUAUAAUUAGUGUUAUGAUUUAAAAUCGUAACCAGUAGAGACUUGAAAUCUGUGGGACAUAGACAAAGAAACGAAUCGAGCAAAUGGAAAAAUAUUCCGAGAGAGUUUCUUCACCACAAGUUUUGAUUGAUGUUCCCUUGUACGAUGGAGUUGAAUCAACUACUACGCAGAGU